AUUUACUAUAAAACUCAUGUAGACAAGGCAGAAAACGUUUUGCUCUGAAUACUUGUUUAUGCUUUUCACUCUGCACUGCUUAGUCCAAACAAAAUAUCCAGCAAAUAAGUCUAGUUGUUUCUUUUUAAACAUACUGAAACUCAAGAGUAUUAAUGUGAAUUAACUUAGGAUGGAAAUAGUAAAGAUGAUGCAAGUAAUAUGUCCUGUUAUUAAAAAAUUCAUUUAUACCCAUUUUAACCCAAUUUUUAAAACGAUAGUAAAGCACUUUGUUUUUCUUUUUAAAGAUAUGGAUGUAAUGAGGCCCUUAAUAAAUGAGCAGAAUUUCGAUGGGACAUCAGACGAGGAACAUGAGCAAGAGCUCCUGCCUGUUCAGAAGCAUUACCAGCUUGAUGACCAAGAGGGCAUUUCGUUUGUACAGACUCUGAUGCAUCUCCUUAAAGGAAAUAUUGGAACUGGCCUUUUAGGACUUCCACUGGCAAUAAAAAAUGCAGGCAUAGUGCUUGGACCAAUCAGCCUUGUGUUUAUAGGAAUUAUUUCUGUUCACUGUAUGCACAUUUUGGUACGUUGCAGUCACUUUCUAUGUCAGAGGUUUAAAAAGUCAACAUUAGGUUACAGUGACACUGUGAGUUUCGCUAUGGAAGUAAGUCCUUGGAGUUGUCUUCAGAAGCAGGCAGCCUGGGGACGGAGUGUGGUUGACUUUUUUCUGGUGAUAACACAGCUGGGAUUCUGCAGUGUUUAUGUUGUCUUCUUAGCUGAAAAUGUGAAACAGGUUCACGAAGGGCUCCUGGAGAGUAGAGUGUUUGUUUUGAAUAGUACCAAUUCGUCAGCUCCAUGUGAGAGACGAACUGUUGACCUACGGAUAUAUAUGCUUUGCUUUCUUCCGUUUAUAAUUCUUUUGGUCUUCAUUCGUGAGCUUAAGAAUCUGUUUGUGCUUUCAUUCCUUGCCAACGUAUCCAUGGCCGUCAGUCUUGUGAUAAUUUAUCAAUAUGUUCUCCAGAAUAUGCCAGAUCCUCACAACCUUCCUAUAGUGGCUGGUUGGAAAAAAUACCCUCUCUUUUUUGGUACUGCUGUAUUUGCUUUUGAAGGCAUAGGAGUGGUCCUUCCACUGGAAAAUCAAAUGAAAGAGUCAAAGCGCUUCCCCCAAGCNUUGAAUAUUGGCAUGGGAAUUGUCACGGUUCUGUAUGUAACAUUAGCUACCUUAGGAUAUAUGUGUUUCCGUGAUGAAAUCAAAGGCAGCAUAACUUUAAAUCUUCCCCAAGAUGUAUGGUUAUAUCAAUCAGUGAAAAUCCUGUAUUCGUUCGGCAUCUUUGUGACAUAUUCAAUUCAGUUCUAUGUUCCAGCAGAAAUAAUCAUCCCUGUGAUCACAUCCAAAUUUCAUGCUAAAUGGAAGCAAAUCUGUGAAUUUGCAAUAAGGUCCUUCUUGGUUACUCUUACUUGUGCUGGUGCGAUUCUGAUUCCUCGCUUAGACAUUGUGAUUUCCUUCGUUGGAGCCGUGAGCAGCAGCACACUGGCCCUGAUCCUGCCGCCUUUGGUGGAAAUUCUUACAUUUUCUAAGGAGCAUUACAAUAUAUGGAUGAUCCUGAAAAACAUUUCUAUCGCCUUCACUGGAGUCGUUGGUUUCUUGUUAGGUACAUACGUAACUGUGGAAGAAAUUAUUUAUCCUACUCCCAAAGUGACAGCUGGCACUCCACAAAAUCCCUCACUAAAUUUGAAUUCAACAUGCUUUACGUCUGGUUUGAAAUAGUAGCAGCAGAACUGUGAGUCUUCAACUUUUGUUUCUAGUCUGAAAAUGAUUAAAAUAAGAACUAGUAGAAUACAUUGCCACAUACUUAUAAAUAGAACCAAACCAUUUUCUUUUGGCACCAGAUUGAUAUUUUGGCAGUAAAUUGUACUUCUUUACCAGUGCUGAUAAACUACAACAGAUUCUUGGUUUUAAGUAUUACCAGCAAUUUAAAAAAGCUUAGUUUUGAAAGUGUAAAAAAUUAAAAUGUUAAAAAAGUUAAAGAGUAAAAACACUUCUGUUAUUCUUCAUUCAAUGAGAAAUAUUUUAAUCAAGAUUCUCUCUUUUACCCCCAUGUUACUCUCUUGCCACCCAGUGGAGGGGAGAAUAGGGUUUCAACAAUAAGAGAAUUAAAGCAAGAUACAGGUAACUAAAAUCUGACCAUCCCAGUGAAUUUCAAAGUAUACUUUGUGUGUAAUGGAAAAAUAUUUCGAUUAUGUUUUUAUUAGAGAGCCAAAUACUUAAGUUUAGCCCCUGGAAAUUUAGAAAGCUCUCAUUAGCCAUAAUGUAAGCAUCAGAAGAUCCCCCAAACCAGUGUUACAUUUACGCUACUCUGUGAUAGUAGCUGAUCUUCAUAAUGAAAACCAGGAGGCACUGUGCACAGUUCUGACUUAGUGUUUCAACCAAAUUUGAAAGAGACCUGAAAAGUUAUCCAAUACAAUUUCCUUUUUUUUUUUCUUUUUUUAACUGAUGAAAUCAAUACCCAGGACUGUUAAGUAACUUGGUCAAGACCACUCAGCCUUGAGCUCAAGAGAACCUGAUCUUUUGAUUCGCAGUCCAGGAUGUUUUGUCUUUCCCAUCACAUUCAAGAGAAAGAAUAAGUUACGUUCAGUUUAACCUUAGUGUUGAGUCUAUGUAAUUACAUUUUCAUACUUUGAAAGUCAUGAUGUUUGACGAGUGCACACGACCCGAGCAGAAAGUCGGGGAGCUCUUUAAGAAGCCUGCGCUACAGCCCUUUAAGCCUCAACCUGGGAAAGAAGCGAUGCUCUUUGAAGUAGAAUAGAAACCACCCGCUGGCUAAACUGCCGGCUGGGAGAAGGUGCUCAGCUGUCCUGUUUGUGGCUCGAGCUCCCCUUCCCAUUUCUUCCUUUCUAGGCUGGUAGGCACCGUCUUUCCCUAAAGGCAGAAAACAGAGCUGACAAGAUGCAGGAUUUGUGCGUUCUUGCCAGCCUGUGGCUUUUCUUACCACAACCUUUUACUCAUCUGAGUGGGCAGAAUAAGAGGCUCAGGCCUGGGGAAGACCGAGAUGAUAAUGAUCUCUCUUCUAGAUACUGAGACGCUCCAGGCUUCUUUCAGAGAAAUACCUUCAGCUCCUCCAUCCUCUUCAAGCCCAGUUAUUGACCAUAUCAAAUAAUCUCAGUGAGCAUGGAGGAUGAAAUGGUUAAGUUUAAAACUGAGAAUUCUGAUUUUUUUUUUAAAUUCGUACUUUCACACUCAUUGAGCUUUUUAGUCAGGCUGGUGUGCUCUAACUUCUAAUACUACAGAGUGCCACCCAGAUCACUGUAGGGGGUAUAGUCUAUAUUUUUAUAUGUAAAUGUUAACUUAGCUCAAGUAUUUUUUGCUGAACAUUACUAACAAGUCAUCAAGUACAAUCCUAAAGAUAUAUCAGAAGCUUUAUUUUGGUACAAAUUCAUAAGAAUCAAAACUUUUUUAAAAUGCUUGCAUUAGGUAUCACGAAUAAUUGUGAUGUUUUGAUGUCAAAUCUGUUGAGCCUUCAGUCAUAGUGGGAAAUUCGGCAGAAGUUAUAGGAAAAGUAACCGCCGUUUAAAAUGUUUAUAUAAUCUUGAAGCUAAGAGUAAAUUAGGUGUUUUUU